AUGGCAGAAAAACUUCACAAUUCUUGGGCAACAAUCGCGUCCCGUGGUAAUUCCAAAAACAUUGUUCGUCCUUUAUCUGUCCCUAACAAUGUGGACUCUCAAUUCAAGUUACAAAGUAAGGUAAUCUACCAAAGUGAACACCUUGACUGCCUCAUCAGAAUGCAGAAGGCUACCGAAAUAGUGAAACAGGCCUUGACACCUGACCUCGCUCUUUUCUUCAUUCCUGCUUCGUUAAUCCAACAUCGUACCGAAGCAUAUAAGCUUAUUGAAACCCAAUGUGGUCCUGUCCAUGGUUUCCGCCCAAUCAGUAAUUAUGGUUCUAGCUUAGAUGGUGAUCAUUUGAUUGAAGUCAAAUUUGUUAAUGACUCAAGUUUCGACAAGGCAAUUUUUACUGGUAUUACAAUCAAGAACACCGUUAUCAAAGGAACUUAUUCAAUUGAUUGCAAAAUGUACAAGCUUGCCCACGUGAAGAUAUCACGUUUAUACAUUCCUGAUAAAGAGGAUUUUCUUGAAAAGUUAAUGAAGUCUCUUCUUGUUUACGGAGAAGUCUUGCAAGUCAAGGAGUACACUUGUGGUGGAUAUUUCGAAGGCGAAUUGUCAGUGAUACUCAAUACAACUACCGUUUAUUCUGAUGAUGAUAAUGCAGUGUUUGCCAAUGAGCCACUGUCGAAUAAUUUAUAUUUGUACGAAUGA